GGGACAGACGUGGAGGGGCGGGGCUAACACGCAUCAUCACACACUGAUCUGUUGUUGUUCCGCUCGACACCUAAGCUAACGGCUAACAGCUAACACAAACCGACAAGAUGGAGCAACGCUCGCGCUGCUAACCUCUCGCCCGAUUCCGGUAGUUAGCUCGUGUCAGCUGAGAGUAACCCGGGUCAGCUGAGAGCAACCUGGGCCGGCUGUGAAUAAUCCGGGUUAGCCGUCCCUGUCCGGGCUUAGUGUCCUUGUUGUGGAGGAGGACGGGUUCGCUAACCGCUUAGCUCCGUUAGCAUGUUCAGCUAAGCGGCCAAUGUUGUUAAUGUUAGCUUCUUUAGCUGUUAGCUUCUAGUGAAUAACCCGGUAGUUAGCGUGUGUUCUUACUGUAUUCCGUUAUAUUUAUCAUUCCAACACCGUUCCGUGUCCCGGGUUGUUGUCCCGGGAUGUGUCGCCGUGCAAAAACUAACACUGUGGAGCUAACGGUUAGUCUCAGCUAACGUUAGCCGUUAGCCGGAGCUAACGGGAGUCUUUGUUUGGAUGGUGGAGCAGCGUUAGCUCGGACCGUUAGCCUCGUUAGCUUCGUCCUAGUAAAGAGAGACAUCGAUGCUAAGCUAACAGAUGUGUCAGCAGUUUCUGGGCAGAUUUCAGUGGUUUUUUUUUUUUUUUUUACGUGUGUCUGACAUGCAGCUGUCAGCUCCUCCAGCUGUCCACUGACCUUCAUCAUCAUCAUCAUCAUCAUCAUCAUGGCCGCUAGAUCAGGCUGCAGGUGUGCUGUGUACCUGCUCGUUCUGUCAGGAUGCAUAGCUGCGUCUCAGAGGAACGACAAUGUCUACGUCUCAGGGAUCUCUAACGCCUGUGGGGAUGUGGCAGAGCUGCUGCGAGCGUCCAGCGGUGUCAUCACCAGUCCUGGUUGGCCCUUCCAGUACCCGGCUCGUCUCAACUGCAGCUGGAACAUCAGAGCCAGACCAGGGGACACUGUCACCAUCAGCUUCCAGGACUUUGACCUGCAGGGGUCUCACCGCUGCUUGUCAGACUGGAUGUCCAUCAGCAGCUACAGGAGUCUGGACGGUCUGAGGGUCUGUGGCUCCGCCCUGCCUCCACCCUACAUCUCCACCCAGGACCAUGUGUGGAUCCACUUCCACUCUGACGACAGUCUGACGGGGAAGGGCUUCAGACUGUCCUAUGUCACAGGUAAACCAGAGGCGUCCAGCUGUGAUGUGGACCAGUUCCACUGCUCCAACGGGAAGUGUGUCCCGGACUGGUGGCGCUGUAACUCGAUGGACGAGUGCGGCGACAACUCUGACGAGGAGCUGUGCGUGGAGUCGCCCUUCUCCUUCCAGCCCUGCAGCCUGAACCAGUUCCCCUGCCUGUCUCGCUACACCCGCAUCUACACCUGCCUGCCGCACAGCCUGCGCUGCGAUGGCAGCAUCGACUGCCAGGACCUGGGCGACGAGAUCGACUGUGACGUCCCAACCUGCGGAGAGUGGCUGAGGAACUUCUACGGCUCUUUCAGCUCGCCAAACUACCCCGACUUCUACCCUCCAGGAAGUAACUGCACCUGGCUGAUCGACACAGGCGACCACAGGAAGGUCAUCCUGAGGUUCACGGACUUCAAACUGGAUGGGACCGGUUAUGGCGACUACGUGAAGGUCUACGAUGGUCUGGAGGAGAACCCUCGCCGUCUCCUCAGGGUCCUGACCGCCUUCGACUCCAGGGCGCCGGUGGCUGUGGUGUCAUCGUCCGGUCAGCUCCGAGUUCACUUCUACGCCGACAAGAUCAACGCAGCCAGAGGAUUCAACGUCACCUACCAGGUGGACGGUUUCUGCCUGCCGUGGGAGGUUCCGUGUGGGGGGAACUGGGGCUGUUACACGGAGCAGCAGCGCUGUGAUGGGUACUGGCACUGUCCCAACGGUCGAGACGAGCUCAACUGUUCCACGUGUCAAGAGGACGAGUUCCCAUGUUCUAGAAACGGAGCGUGUUACCCUCGAUCAGACCGCUGCAACUACCAGAACCGCUGCCCCAACGGUUCUGAUGAGAAGAACUGCUUCUUCUGUCAGCCGGGGAACUUCCACUGCAAGAAUAACCGCUGUGUGUUUGAGUCAUGGGUGUGUGAUGCUCAGGACGACUGCGGCGACGGCAGUGAUGAGGAGAGCUGUCCUGUCAUCGUCCCCACCAGAGUCAUCACUGCUGCCGUCAUCGGCAGCCUCAUCUGCGGCCUCUUGCUGGUCAUCGCCCUCGGCUGCACCUGUAAACUCUACUCGCUGCGCAUGUUCGAACGGAGAUCAUUUGAGACGCAACUGUCCAGAGUGGAGGCGGAGCUACUGAGGAGGGAAGCCCCGCCCUCUUAUGGUCAGCUGAUCGCCCAGGGCUUGAUCCCACCUGUGGAGGAUUUCCCAGUGUGCUCCGGGAGCCAGGCGUCCGUCCUGGAGAACCUCCGUCUGGCUGUCCGAUCUCAGCUCGGCUUCACCUCCCUCAGACUGCCAUCCUCCGGUCGUCAUAGUAACCUGUGGCGCCGUCUCUUCACCUUCUCGCGGUCUCGGCGGUCUGGAUCGUUGGCUCUGGUGUCAGCUGACCUGGAGGACAGCGCCGGGACAGGGAGCACUGGGAGUUCUGGUUCAGACCUGCUGUCUCCAGACUCUGACGACACAGACACUGAGGGCGAGCGGGGGCGGGACCGAGGCAUGGGUGCGGUGGGCGGGCCCGUCGCCCCUCUCCCCCAGAAGACCCCACCCUCCACUGCCGUAGAGGCCGUGGUGUCUGUGACGACGUCCUCAACCUCCGUGACGCCGACACCCGUCUGCGACCGAGGCCGUGACAGGCCCAGAGAGGCCCCGCCCCCCUCCAGCCCCGUCACCGUGGUAACCUCCAGCCCAGAUCCUGAAUGUCACAGCGACGCCUCUGAGCUCCAGACUCCGCCCACCUCCGCCCUGCAGCGGCUGGCCCAGAACCUGCACCGCCUCGCCAGAAACCUGACCAGAGCCAGCCAGAACCAGCAGGACCACACCUGGACCAAUCACAGCCCACUGCGUCAGCUGGAGACAGGAAGAGGCGGGACUGAGGCCGCGGAGCAGCGAGGAAACAGAGAAGAAGAAGAAGACGUGGAGCUCCUGAUCCCCGUCUCCGACUCUGACUCCUCGUCCUCCUCACUGAUCAGCGACGUCCGGCAGCCGCUGCUGGAGCCACACCCCUCCUCCACCACCGGCCGCGCCCCCCAUCACCACCGUGGAAACGGUUGUCGAGGAGGGCGGGACGGCCCCUGUGAACACUGUGGGAUGGUCCACACGGCUCAGAUCCCUGACACCUGUCUGGAGGCCACGGGCAAGACGGAGAGCAGUGACGACGAACUGCUGCUGCUCUGCUAACAGGAUGACAGGCAGGCUAACACGCUAACAGGCAGGCUAACACUUCAGACUGGACUAUAAUUACCUAACUAGAGUCAUGAAGCUAACACUACAACCAGCUAACAGGCUAACACUUUAGACUGGACUACAGCUAGCUAAAUGGAGUUAUGAAGCUAACACUACAACUAGCUAACAGGCUAACACUUUAGACUGGACUACAGCUAGCUAGCUAAAUGGAGUUAUGAAGCUAACACUACAACUAGUUAACAGGCUAAAUAUUCAGACUGGACUACAACUAGUUAACAGGCUAACUCUUCAGAGAGGACAAUAAUUUGCGAACAGGCUAACACUUCAGAUUGGACUACAUCCAGCUAAAAUACAUACACUUCAGACUGGACUACAAUAGCUAACAGGCUGAUGCUUCAGGUUGGACUACAAUUAGCUAACAGGCUACCUCUUCAGACUGAACUACAACUAGCUAACAGGUUAACACGUCAGACUGGACUAUAUCUAGCUAAUAGGCCAACAUUUCGGACUGGACUACAACCAGCUAAAAUACAUACACUUCAGACUGGACUACAAUAGCUAACAGGCUAACUCGUCAGACUGAACUACAAUUAGCUAACAAGCUGACGCUUCAGAUUGGACUACAGCUAGCUAACAGGCUACCUCUUCAGACUGAACUACAACUAGCUAACAGGUUAACACGACAGACUGGACUAUAUCUAGCUAAUAGGCUAAGAUUUCGGACUGGACUACAACUAGCUAAAAUGCAUACAUUUCAGAUGGGACUACAGUUAGCUAACAGGCUGACAUUUUAUGCCAUAAUACAGUUAGCUAACAUACAUAUAUUUCAGGCUGGACUACAACUAGCUAACAGGCUAACACUUCAAUCCAGACUAAAGCUAGCUAACUGGAGUUGUGAGGUUAACACUACAGCUAGCUAACAGGCUAACACUUGAGACUGGACUACAGCUUGCUAAUUGGAGUCAUGAAGCUACACUACAACCAGCUAACAGGCCAGCAAUUUAGACUGGACUACAGUUAGCUAACUGGAGUCAUGAUGCUAACACUAUAGCCACACCUGUUAGCAUGUUAGCUGGGUUAAAGAUUAGCUCUCAGUGAUGUCAGAGCUGAUAAGACCAAUCAGAUGCCAGGGGUGUGAUGAUGUCACUGGUUGGAUUCAGAUGUCGGUACGGUUUUAACUCCACUGUUGUUUCCCUCGAUGCAUCCGUUAAAAGGUUCCCCUACUCCCCAGCUUGAUGGUACGACUGUGAACUGAGUCCUGACACAACAGACUUAUCAGAGGAACCUUAUGUGGGUGCCACACUUUAAAGGGUCCUCUCUUUGUUUCUGAGGAGGGUCAUGUGACCAGAGGGGUGAAGUGUCUUGUUACUGUUAGCGUGACCUUGAAGAGCUGAUCCAUGGGUAGCAGUUAGCGGGCUAGUUUCUGUUAGCAUCACCUGAAGAGCUGAUCCACAGGUAGCAGCUAGCAGGCUAAUAUCUGUUAUCUGUGUAACCUGGAGAGCUGAUCCACAGGUAGCAGCUCGCAGACUAGUUUCUGUUAGCAUCACCUGAAGAGCAGAUCCAGAGGUAGCAGGCUAGUUUCUGUUAGCAUCACCUGAAGAGCCAAUCCAUAGGUAGCAGCUAGCAGGCUAGUUUCUGUUAGCAUCACCUGAAGAGAUGAUCCACGGGUAGCAGCUAGCAGGCUAGUUUCUGUUAGCAUCACCUAAACAGAUGAUCCACAGGUAGCAGCUAGCAGGCUAGUUUCUGUUAGCAUCACCUAAACAGGUGAUCCACAGGUAACAGCUAGCAGGCUAGUUUCUGUUAGCAUCACCUAAACAGAUGAUCCACAGGUAACAGCUAGCAGGCUAGUGUCAGCGUAACCUGAUCAACAGGAAGCAGUUUGAUAACCACUGAUGCUAACGCCAACUGGGCUACCUCCUCAGGUCAUGUGACCCUUGUCAAGCUUGUCAUGGCAAUCUCUUUUUAACGGACCUGGUUCUAACAGGAAGAUGAGGUUCUGAUGGUGUCACUAAAGGACUGUGGAGAACCUGAUGCAGAACGGUUCCACCUGAACAGAACCCUGAAGGUUCCACAUCCACUGACUGACCAUGUUCUUAUAAAUAUUUUAAUUCACAUUUUGUGACAGAAGAUGAAACUCUUCCCCCUCCUCCUCCUCUUCCUCCUCCUUCUCCUCCUUGUCUUCCUCUUCAUUCUCCUCUCUUCCUCCUUCUCCUCCCCCUCUUCUUCCUACCCCUCCUCCUCCUCCCCCUCUUCCUCUUUAUCCUCCUCCUCUUCCUCCUCCCCCUCCUCUUCCUACCACUCCUCCUCCACCUCCUCUUCCUCUUUGUCCUCUCACACUUCCUCUUCGUCUUCUUCCUCCUCUUCCUCUUCAUUCUCAUCCUCCUCUCCUCCUCUCUGUAUUUUGGUACUGACCCAGGUGUGAGUGUGACAGUGUGUAUUUAUUCUCAUUGUGUUUAUUUGUUGUUGUGUAGUUGUUUCUUUUCUGACCUGCAUGAUUUGUUUGGUGUUUGUUUUUUCCUUUGAGUGUAAACAACUGUUAAACUGCACUAAGAUUAAAGUUUCACCUGGA